AUGGUUAAAAUGUUCCUUCUCUUCUUAGUUUUAACUUUUAGCGUUGUCUUGGAAGUCAAAGCCGUGGUUGUAUCCGCACCAGAGUCUUAUGACUUUGCAAUAUCAUCAGAAUCUCAGUUGUCGUUGUUGAAGUUGAAAGAAACCCAAAUAAACAAUCUUCAGAACUAUAAUAAAGUAUUAAAGUCACAAUUGAAAAAAGUUAAACUAGCCAUAAAGUAUUCAGAGGAUCUGCUAAGAACACCGGCGCAUAACUUAUUAUUUGGAUUCAAAGUUUUGAGACAUUUAUACAAAGAUUGGCCUGAAUACUUUAACAUUUUAAAAAGAGAACUGGGGUCCAAAGAGAUUUUGAUUUCUCAAGACUUAUUGAUGCAGCAACCAACUUCUGUGGACUUUGAGGAAUCUUUGGGAGCUAUCUAUAGGCUCCAAACAGUAUAUAAUUUAGACUCCUAUGACAUGGCUGAAGGAAUAUUAGACGGAAAAGAUUACAAUGUCAAGAAAUGGAGUAUUGAUGAGUGCCUAAUACUAGGACUGAUGUAUCAAUACUUAAAACAUUACAAUGAAUCGGAGAAUUGGUUGCAAUUGGCUCUCUAUUACUACCAGGACCAUCCCAAUCCGGAGGAGCUAAAAGUUAAACUUUGGGAACAUUCUAACUUGUUGGAAUCUCUAAUGGAGGCCAACAAGGGACUUGGGCGCUACUUGGAAGCGAAGAAGUUUGCGAAAGACUUGCUUUCUAUUCUUCCCAACCAUAGUUAUACGCUAAAGCAACUGUCGAAACUAGAAUUCUUGCAAGCGAAUCCCAUUAAACUUACGAAGACGAAGAAAGAUCAUCAGCUUCAGAAGGAAAUAUGCUCAAAACGUUAUCGCAAAAGAAGCUCAAAUCUUGUCUGUCGAUAUGUGGAUUGGAACCCAUUUCUAGAAUUGGCGCCCCUAAAAAUGGAGGAGUUGUCAAUGGAAACCCAUAUAAGUAUUUUCCAUGGGUUCCUAGGUAACAAAGAUAUAGAAUCACUAAAGAACGCGUCCAGACCAAAACUUCAACGUAAUAAACAUUUAUCAUGGAAUUGCACUUGCAAAAUCGCAAAUCUUUCCAGCUCUUCACACGACAUUGCUCGCAAAAUUAAUGAUCUGAUAAUAGAUAUCACAGGGUUUCCGCGGCUAGGAAACCAAAUGUUAGAGGUCAUCAAUUAUGGUAUUGCUGGAAAUUACAAUCCCGAUGACACUGCCAAAUUCACGAGUCACAACCAAGCAAACGCUUUGAUUUUUUUGAGCGAUGCUGAAAAAGGCGGAGAAAUAGUUUUUCCUUCUCGUCAGAUUAAGGUAAAACCUCGGAAGGGUUCUAUGCUAGUUUGGGUAAACCUCAAAGACAGUGUUAUAUAUCAUCAGUGCCCGAUCCUAAAGGGCAAUAUGUGGGUGGCUAACAAAGUGCUGAACUGACCUUUGAAUUCCAUUGUGUUCCAUAAACAUAUGUUCAUUAUUAUUUAAACACUAGGCAGUUUGUGAGUUAUUGCUGAGUCUGUACAGGUCUAAUAUAUUUGAUAUCGAAAUAAACUUCUACCGAACCGAAGACAUACACUAACAAUUAUAGGGCUAUAUAUUAUUAACUAUUAACUAAUAUAAUCAUUUUAUUUUGUACAGUAUUUAAAAGGUACAUUUAAACGAUUUACCUCUAAGUUAUAUUGUAUAAAUAAUAAGUAAUUUCAAGUAGUGUACUGAAUAUAGUAGUGUACUGAA